AUGUUUGAAAUACACUUUAAGGAAUAUUACUUUAAAUUGACAAUACAAAAUGCUAUGAAAGUUAUUGGUGGAAAUACUUUGGAAUAUAAAUUAGUUGCUGAAACCAUGGAUGAGUGUGAAAAAUGUACAAAAAAUAAUUCAAAAAAUUAUGAAAAUUCAAGUCAUCAACGACAUCGAAAAGAAUACCACCAUCAUUAUAGUCAUCCAAGAAUUAUUAAAGUUCUUAUAGUAUUAUUAGUUUUAUCUUCAUUUCCAUUAACAAUAGCAAAUUCAAUAUGUAGACAUCAUGAAUAUUGGGAUUCAAAUUUAGAUGAAUGUGUGCCAUGUACAAGAUGUAAUCGUCAUCAAAUUGUUAUCCGUCCAUGUCAACGACAUUUAGAUACCAUUUGCCGACCAAUUAAUUCAGUUGAUAUUGAUUGGAAUAAAUCGAUGAUUAUAGCUACUGAUAAGACAUUAGUAAGAAAGGAGCACCAAAGAAUGAUGAGUACAAUGGAAUCCCUUUCAGCAUCAGAAGAAUCUGAAUCACGAGAGCAAGAAAUGCUUUUAUGGGAUUGGCAGCUAGUAACAUUGAUAUUAGCAAUUGCUGCAUGCUUCUUAUUUUUCGCUGUUACUGCAAUUAUUUCUUUAAACUAUGUUCGACAGUGGCGCAAGAUCAAAAAGCAAUUCGAUACAGAUAUUGAGCAAUUAUCACAACAACUUAUGGCAAGAUUAGCAGUUCCACCAACAGAAAGUUCAACAAUUUUUAUUGAUGAUCCAACGACAAGGAACAGCCGUUUCGGUCCGAGACAAAUCGAAGUAUGUUGUGUUUAUUUAGAUGAUAUUUUAGAUGGAAAGGAAUCACUAAACAAUUCAUUGGAGAAAAAAUCACCACCGAUAAAGAAAAUGCCAACUGGAAAUGUGUAUAUAGAGGAAUAG